AUGGAGGACGAAGAAGGAAAAGAAAAGGACACAAAAACUGAAGAUGGAGGAUUCUUGAAACCUCAUAUAUACACUCUUAAAAUUCCACAGAUUGAUGGUGGAACCAAUGUAUCAGUUAAAGUAAGAUGGUCUCAGAAGUUAAUGUAUCGUGAUGGAGAAUUUACCUUAAAUGUUCCAUUUAGCUUCCCUGAGUAUGUAACUCCAGCUGCAAAGAAGAUCUCUAAACGGGAAAAGAUACAGUUGAAUGUUAAUGCUGGUCCGGGGACAGAAGUUCUUUGCAGAACAGCUUCUCAUCCUUUAAAGGAACGGCAACGACAAGCAGGGAAGCUGAGCUUCUUACAUGAAUCCGAAGUUCUUUCAUGGUCGAACAUUGAUUUUGUAUUCACAUACAAUGUAUCUUCAAGUCAUACUGUUGGGGGUGUACUAUUGAAUCCUUCAAUGGUACAUGAUGUAGAUCAUAGAGAUGCGUUCUGUUGCUACCUCUUCCCAGGCAAGCAACAUAAUAUAAAGAUUUUCAGGAGAGAAGUGGUGUUUGUUGUUGAUAUAAGCAGUAGCAUGAAGGGAAAACCACUUGAAGAUACCAAAAAUGCUUUAUUUGCCGCACUUGCCAAGCUUGAUACCAAAGACUUGUUUAACGUAAUUGCAUUUAAUGGGGAAACUUACCUAUUUUCUUCAACUCUGGAAGAGGCAACUGCAAAAGCUAUUGAAAGUGUCACCCAGUGGAUCAAUGUGAAUUUUCUUGCUGGUGGAGACACAAAUAUUCUGCUUCCUCUAAAUCAGGCUAUUAAGAUGUUAUCAGAUAGUAGCAACUCAAUUCCAAUUGUUCUCCUCAUUACUGAUGGGACUGUGGAAGAUGAGAGAAAUAUUUGUGGCAUGGUGAAAAGUCUGUUAACAAGCCAAAAGAAUGUCAGUCCAAGAAUAUACACACUGGGAAUUGGUUCUUUCUGCAAUCAUUAUUUUCUGCGGAUGCUUGCAACGAUUGGUCGGGGAUAUCAUGAUGUUGUUAGCGAUGUGGAUUCUGUUGAGGUUCGAAUUGGAGGACUAUUUGCCCGAGCAUCAUCUAUAUUUCUUUCAAAUAUCACAUUUGAUAAUCUUGAUAGUCUUGAUGAUCUUGAGGUGUUUCCUUCUCAAGUUCCAGAUCUUUCAUCUGAAAGCCCGUUAAUUGUGUCCGGAAGAUACCGCGGUACAUUCCCGGAAACCCUUAAGGUCAAUGGUGUCCUUGCAGAUAUGAGCAAAUUUACAAUAGACCUGAAGGUAGAAGAGGCAAAGGAGAUACCAAUUGGCAAGAUAGUGGCCAAGCAACAGAUUGAACUUCUUACAGCUGAGGCCUGGUUUUCAGAAAGUGCGGAACUCUCGGAGAAGAUUGCCAAAAUGAGCAUUCAGCAUGCUAUUGUUUCCGAAUACACAAACAUGGUUUUGCUCGAGACCCAGAGAGGAAAAACAAGUGCAGAUUCAAAUGUUACGAAGAAGGUUCGUGUUUCCAGCAAAGUUAAUGCUCACAAGAUGGAGGACCCGAAGCCUCAGAGGGUGCUAAUCCUGCGCAAUUUAGGGCUCGGUUUUGGCAACCUAACUGCCACGCACGAAAAUAUCCCGCCCGGGUUGGGCGAUGUGAAGCAGCUGGAUGCAGGCGAGGUUUUUGCACGAGCGGCCUCAAACUGCUGCGGGAGGCUGUGCAAUCACUGCUGCUGCAUGUGCUGCAUCCAGACGUGUUCCCGUAUCAACGACCAGUGUGCCAUAGCCCUCACCCAGUUGUGUGGGGCCCUCGCGUGCCUCGGCUGCUUUGCCUGCUGCGAGGGGGAAUGA